AUGGUCACAAAUGCUAUGAACACUGCUAUGGAUGGUUCAAAAUGCAAAGAUAUCAGCGGCAAAGAGGUUGGAGUGUUUAUCAAAAAUACAGAGACGCAACUAGUGGCAAAGCAAUACGACGCAGUGAUAAUUGAAUUUAGCAGCCUGGAAGAGAUGCAAGAAAAGCUCAGCGAAGGUACAAUCGGAAGAGUCCUUGUGGAUCGAAACACUGCAUUUUACUUCCUCGAUGAAUCUGGACUAAAAAAGGACAGGCAGAUCCGUAUGAUUCGCAAUAUCGAUUAUCCGAUGGAAUUUUACAUGGCGCAUGUAUACACAGGAUCAGUGAACAUUACAAACGAUUCCGAUACAGAAAUUGCCAAAAAAAGACAAAUAGUGGAAUGUGGGUCAAAAAUAAAGAAAGAUUCCGCAGAUUUGCGUGCACAAAGUAACGAGGCCUCAGAGAAUCUGAUACCCGCAGAACUGCAGACUGCUGACUUGUUUGAUCAAAUGGAUGGUUUAUUCUCAAGUGGCUCAGAAAUGACUCGGUUUAUUUUAUUCAGUCUUCUCGGGAUAUUCCUUGGACUUGUCAUCAUCGGGAUAUUUUGGGAGGGCUUGAAUUCCUGUAAUCCCACUAUUCUAAAAAGGAAAAAUCAACACAAGAAUGACCAAGGAAGCGAGAAACAUCAUCCAGGCAACAUCAGCAGGAAGAGAUUCGUGGUGGAGAAUUUUCAGAGUUUUGAAAACAGACUCAGAGAAUUAUCUAACGACUUGCAAAAGACAAAAGAAGACUUUGCUAAAGCUCUUUUAAUCCAGGACAAUGAUGAACCCCAUGAGUUGACCUUUGAUUCAGCACUGAUGCAAUAAGGCCAGAAAUUGUGACGUUUGAAGUAAUUUUAUCUCAAUUAAGCUCAUUCUUCUGAGCUGAGUGUGUAAAUUAUAAAUAAUGACGUCAUAUAGACAUAUUCGUUUGCGUGGGAGAAUUCAUCGUGACGUCAUUUUUGACAAUCACCUGACGUUUUACAUACACAUUACAGGCUAUUUUCCAUUUUGAAAACCCUCACUUUAAAGCUUGAAGUGAGGCAAAAUGCAAAUGUUUCGUAUGAAAUAAGUUUCAUUUGACAUGUAUCAUUCUUUAAUCAAAGGCCUUGAAGCGAUCCCUGUUUUGAAACAGAGGCAUUUGUUACCUAUGAAAUGGCUUGAUAAAACGAGAUUAUUGAAGAAAAGGAAAAAAGUCAAAUGAUAAUUGGUCAUAUUGCAGUUGUUGUUUUAGGUAGGGUAGGUCAAAUCAGCGUGGGAGAGAGACAGCUCUUUUGUUCUGUAUUUCUUCUCUCUCUAGACGCCGUCCACCUAAAUGCAAUGGCCAAAAGGUCAGUGAAUUCUGGGUCGAGAGAUCUGGGCAAGACACUUUGCUCUCACAGUGCCUCUCUUCUCCACCCAGGAGUGUAAAUGAGUACCGGGAAUUGUCAGGGGAGCCUAAUGCAAUGCUGAGGGGUAACCUUGUGAUAGACUAGCAUCCCAUUUAAGGGAGGGGGGAGAAGUAAUACUCCUUAUCGCUUCGUGCUCAAGUGAAACCGGGAUAAGUUUCGGCUGGUGGGUCACCAGGUUCCAGUACUUUUUACUUUCUCCCUAAUUCCCCUUCCUUCCUUUUUUUUUUCUCUACGUGACAGUUUCAUUACAAUAAGGUGUACAUAUAUAUUGAACUUUGUAGUUUAUGACUAUCUGAUUAACUGGAUAAAUUAAUCCAUGAAAUUUCAAGCUUUAUCGAAAAAGCAAAUUUUACUGGGUCUCUAGAAACCUAGUGAGGGAACAAUUUCAUAAGAAUUUAUGUAAUUGCCUACUUAUGUUCAAAAGUAUUCUAUUGGUGGCAGAUAAUGUUAGCUCAAGCAAGAAUCUCUUCAUACAAACUCGAACUUGAAAUGCAUAGCAGUACCAUGACUAGCUCUCUAUAAUUUGUAUUUUUGUGGAGCCAAGGAUGGUCAGUUUUAAUCUUACACUAUAGUAGGGCUGGUAUCUUUUCUUGUGUCCCCAACAAAAUCAAGGGUUCACUAUCGUGAUUGAUGUCUUGUGCAGUUAUCUGUGUGUUGAAAAACCAAAACCAAAGUACUCACAGCAACCGAUCAGAACAAAUGUUUACAAUAUCAUUAGCCAAUAAGAACUCAAAGUAAAUACAAGCAAACUGCUUACAGCGUUGGUUUAGAGGAUGGUGCAAGUUUUCUUGACCAAUCGCAUAACAAAGUGAAGUAAAACCAAAGCAAUACCGGAUUAAUUCAUCAAUUAUCAAAUUUUAUCAACUAUAAAUUGGUCUCUAUAUAAUCCCUUGAAGUCACUUCAGCGUUUCAUAACUUAAAGGAUUUUUCCUAAAAUGAUGGCUUUAAAUCGUUAUUCGGCCAUUGUAUUUUUGUUUAAACUAAUACAUUCCAGUGUAUUUUCUAGUUUGCUAGAUAAUAGCGGAGCUCGCAGCGCGCUGCGAAGCCUCAUACCUUUAAGAAUGGUUGUGAUAUAAUUGACUGCCAUCAAGCAGAGAAAACAAUAUAGUCAAUGCAUAGUUUUUAAUUUUAUUUUGGACAACACGUUUGCUUAUUAGAAAUAAAAUCUGAUUCUGUAUUAUAAACAUUUCUCAUUCCAAUGUUAUGAUAGAAACUAUUCGUAGAAACAGGUCAGCUGAUACGUGACAUGUUUAUUGGCAUGCGUGAGCUUUUGAUACUAUAGACCACACUAUAGGUGGCGAUGGCAAGAGUACAGUGGACUCUCUAUCACCUUCUGUAUUAUCCGAUUUCGCAAUAAAAAAUUUGAGGACUAAACAUCCUUCUUGACACGUUCCCAUCAGCUCAAAAUUCUCCAUCUUUCCUAUUAUUGAAGCAAUGUAAGCCUAAAAACAGAACGAAAUCACUGGUCCUGUUGUACGAAUAUAAGAAACAACCAUGAAUUAUAAAGAGGUUUUUUUGAUUCCAUCAAUGAGUAGAAAGGCAAAUUCCUAAUCUUAACUUGAAAUAUAUGAGAACACUGCUUUUUAUAUUUUUAUUGAGUAAAAUAUUAGUUUUACAUAAAACAAGUCUUAAAGAAAUAAAACACUUAGCGUCUAAUUGAUAAUUUAAAUUGCAUCCUCCAUAAUAGUUUUUAAGAACCAAGCAUAUCGUUAAAAUUAGUCUAAAACUUGUAAAUAUUACGCAAUUUAGCUUACCGGCUAAAAAAUUGAAUGUUGUUAGCUGAAUAAAUAUAUAUGGCGAUCUAUCUAUCUAAGUAUUGUAUUUUACUGAAGGAAAAUGUUUAAUUUACUAGUCCGGGAAGUUUAAUUCAAGUUUGGUCCAUGGCUCAACCUAUUUUUAAUUUUGCAAGAAGUUCACCGCAAUACCUUUCUGUUCGUCGUCCAGAGGCACACC